AUGACACCUUCCACCAGCGACACGUCUUUUGAGUCCAUCUACGCCUCUUCCCAGCAGACCUCGAAGCCGUUGUCGACCGUUAUCAUCGACCACCUGGCAUUUCCGCACAUCAUUGACAACAUCCUGGCCAACCUCGACAUUCUCGGCAAUGCAGUCGCCAGCAGAGUUUGCUCGGGGUGGAGGAUCAAAGCCAACGCAGUUCUCCAGCGGCACUUGACUGCUGUCAACAAGCAGGACGGCAUCAUGCUCAAUCUGACUAAGGCCUGGGAGGACGUCCGUAUCGAAAGGGAUCUCAACAAAUGUAAAUUCCAACAGCUCGUGAAGGAGACCCCGAGUCAUGUGCAGGAGCUGUACAAUAACAUUCAGAUCCUCGAUCAUCGGGAGAGGCUGAGCGAGCAUCACAACUCCGUCAAUGACCUCGUCGCCUGCCUCGAACUUUAUGGCCGAAAUGCCAUUACCACUCGGUACAACGCUAGGUCCCAGAUUGGUGACUCCUACAUCGAGACGGAAGGAGAAACUCAGGUUUUGUUUCUGAAGCACCCUGUUCCUUGCGUCCGGACUAUAGGCGCCCGAGUCGUCGUAGUCAACCUCGACUGCGGCUCACCGGCUCUUAGCCCAAUCUGUGGAAGCUUUGGAGAGGGUCAUUUUGAAGAUCGGGACGAGCCUCUCCUGUCAAUGGAACCCGACCAGCCAGAGUCCCUCGUCAUCAUCUUCAAGCAUAAUCGGCCGCAUCCCCCGUUGGACAGCGACAGGGCUCUGGACUUCCCAGGAGAGGUGGAAGAUUACGCUCUGUGGCUCAGCCGUUAUUUGGACUCCUGGUUCGAGCCCGCAAAGGAUCUCUCAACCAUCCUGGUCGGUCUGAAUGACUUCUUCAGGCCGAAGGAAGAUCUCGAGCGCUUCAUAACGGAGUUCUUCAUGCACUUGCCACCUGACAACAGGGUCGAGUUCUUGUCGCGAAAGGAGUAUCAACGUCGUGUCGGCUUCGAGACGUACCGGUUGCACACGAAGCUCUAA